AUGACCUCUAUUGUCUACCAAAUUCUCUCCACCCUCUUCUUUCUUUACAUAACCCUAAAUUCUUCGGCUGCGGUCGUAGGUCAGGAGUGUCCAUAUCCAUGCUACCCACCGCCUAUUGGCGGUGGCAAUGGUGGUGGUGGUGGAAACAAUCAGCCAACCACCACCACCACCUUUCCUCCGCCUUCUCAGACGGGAACUUACCCUCCACCAUCCACUACAUUCCCAUAUAACCCUCCAAACCCCAACUACUAUGGCGGUGGACCGCCACCCCCAAACACUAUAGUUCCAUGGUUCCCUUAUUACUCCCAAAAGCCACCGCAUAGCACUGAUCAACCUUCAUCAACAUGCAGCCGAAUAUAUGAGUUGAACUAUGGAGUUAGGAUGUUGAAGAAAGGCAAGAUUGCUGAUUGA